AUGCGGCGCAGGUCUCGGCUGCUGCUCUGCUUCGCCUUCCUCUGGGUGCUGGGCAUCGCCUACUACAUGUACUCGGGGGGCAGCGCCGCGCUGGCCGGGGGCGGCAGGAAGGAGGACCCAAAUGACAUUGAUGCACUAAAAAAGAAAGACCCUCGCAGUAACAAUGGGGAAGACAAAGUACAAAGUGUGGAGACCCUACCUCCAGGAAAAGUUCGAUGGCAAGAUUUUGAUCAAGACAGUUAUGUUGGUGUUACUAUGGUCCGAUCUGGUCAGGACCCAUACGCUCGUAAUAAGUUCAAUCAAGUAGAAAGUGACAAACUGCAAAUGGACAGAAACAUACCUGAUACCAGGCAUGAUCAGUGUCAACGGAAACAAUGGCGGAUAGACCUGCCAGCCACUAGUGUAGUGAUCACCUUCCACAACGAGGCCAGAUCUGCUUUACUUCGAACUGUUGUCAGUGUGCUUAAAAAAAGCCCAUCACAUCUUAUCAAAGAAAUCAUACUGGUGGAUGACUACAGCAAUGAUCCUGAGGAUGGUGCUCUGUUGGGGAAAAUUGAGAAAGUGCGGGUUCUUCGAAAUGAUCGUCGAGAAGGCUUGAUGCGCUCCCGUGUCAGAGGGGCAGAUGCAGCACAGGCUAAAGUACUGACAUUCCUGGACAGUCACUGUGAAUGCAAUGAGCACUGGCUGGAACCUCUUCUGGAGAGAGUUGCUGAGGACAAGACCAGAGUUGUGUCUCCUAUAAUUGAUGUAAUUAAUAUGGACAACUUCCAGUACGUGGGGGCGUCAGCUGAUUUAAAAGGCGGCUUUGAUUGGAACUUGGUGUUCAAAUGGGAUUACAUGACACCAGAGCAAAGAAGAGCAAGACAAGGAAACCCAGUUGCUCCCAUAAAAACACCAAUGAUAGCUGGCGGGUUGUUUGUGAUGGACAAAUUCUAUUUCGAAGAGUUAGGAAAGUACGAUAUGAUGAUGGAUGUGUGGGGUGGAGAAAACUUAGAGAUUUCAUUCAGAGUGUGGCAGUGUGGAGGGAGCCUUGAAAUUAUCCCAUGCAGCAGAGUGGGUCAUGUAUUCCGCAAGCAACAUCCUUACACUUUCCCUGGUGGGAGUGGUACUGUGUUUGCAAGAAAUACGCGUAGGGCAGCAGAAGUGUGGAUGGAUGAGUACAAAAAUUUCUAUUACGCAGCAGUGCCUUCAGCCAGAAACGUACCUUAUGGCAAUAUUCAAAGCCGAAUGGAACUGAGAAAGAGACUUAGCUGCAAACCUUUCAAGUGGUAUCUUGAAAACGUCUAUCCUGAGUUAAGGGUACCUGAUCAUCAAGAUAUAGCUUUUGGGGCUUUGCAGCAGGGUACCAAUUGCCUCGACACUUUGGGCCAUUUUGCAGAUGGUGUUGUUGGAGUUUAUGAAUGUCAUAAUGCUGGGGGAAACCAGGAAUGGGCCUUAACUAAGGACAAGUCAGUGAAACAUAUGGAUUUGUGCCUUACUGUUGUGGACCGAGCACCUAGUUCACUAAUAAAACUCCAGGGCUGCAGAGAAAAUGACAGUAGACAGAAAUGGGAGCAAAUUGAGAGCAACUCUAAACUGAGGCAUGUUGGCAGUAAUCUGUGUCUAGACAGCCGAAAUGCCAAAAAUGGCGGUCUUACCGUUGAGGUCUGCAAUCCUUCUCUGUCGCAACAGUGGAAAUUCACACUUAAUCUACAGCAGUAG